CCGCCUUCACACACACUACCCCCGCUGAGCCGCCGGCUACGUCAUCGAGCUGCGUUGCGUCUGAGGAAGCGUGCUGACCUGAAAUAAAUCCCCGAUAACCGAUCCUCGCGUAUCGGCGGAAGCUCCAGGAAAGAUGCCCAGGAAAGCGAAAGAAGAAGCGGAGUGGGUCGGGGACGACGCGGCCGCGGCAGCAGAGAAAGUCGUGAAAAAGGGGAAGAAAGACAAAAGAGGGAAGAAGAGUUUCUUCGAGGAGCUCGCUACCGACAGCAAACCCGAGAAGGUGGACAAUGUGGCAGCCAAAGACCCUCCAGGGAAGCAGCCUCAGAAGAAGAAGAAAGAUCGGCGGAAAGGAAAAGGAGCAGUUGAUGACGAGGAAGAGGAUGUCAGCCUGACUCUGGAGAAGCUCUCGGUUCAGCCCAGCGAUGAAGACGAGGAGCCAGUCGUCGUCCCCAGCAGAGGAAACAAGAAGAAGGCCGGGAACAUCUUCGCUGCUCUCAGCCAAGGCCAGAGUGAUGAGGAUGAGGACGAGGACAUGGACGAGGAAGAUAAACCCAAUAAGAAGGAGGCGGAGCAGACCAGCAAGAAGGAGAAGUCCAAAUCCAGGAAGGGGAAGAAACCAGCGGAGCAAAGCGAGGACGAGGAGGAAGACGAGGACGACGAUGGCGACAUGAUGAAGAGCGCCGAAGACGUCAUCGCCGAGCAGGAGGCUGCCAAGCGAGGGGACGACCCCUACGCCAACCUGACCAAAAAGGAGAAGAAGAAGUUGAAGAAACGGAUGGAGUACGAGCGCGCGGUGGCCAGCACUCGGGCUCAGAACGCCCUGGAAGGAGACUUCUCCGUCUCCCAGGCUGAGAUGUCCUCCAGACAGGCCAUGCUGGAGAACGCCUCCGACAUCAAGCUGGAGAGGUUCAGCAUUUCUGCUCAUGGAAAGGAGCUGUUUGUCAACGCAGACCUUCUGAUUGUGGCAGGAAGAAGAUACGGUUUAGUUGGACCAAAUGGAAAAGGAAAGACGACGCUGCUGAAGCACAUCGCCAACAGAGCGCUGAGCAUUCCCCCCAACAUCGACGUGCUCCUGUGUGAGCAGGAGGUGGUGGCGGACGACACGCCCGCCGUGCAGGCGGUGCUGAAGGCCGACACCCGCCGCCUCAAGCUGCUGGAGGAGGAGAAGCAGCUGCAGGCUCGUCUGGAGAAGGGAGAGGACAGCGUGGCCGAGAGGCUGGACAAGGUCUACGAGGAGCUGAGGGCCAUCGGAGCCGACGCUGCUGAGGCCAAGGCCAGGAGGAUCCUGGCGGGUCUGGGAUUCACCCCUGAGAUGCAGAACCGACCCACCAAAAGGUUCUCGGGAGGGUGGAGGAUGAGGGUGUCGCUGGCCAGAGCCCUGUUCAUGGAGCCCACGCUGCUGAUGCUGGACGAGCCCACCAACCACCUGGACCUGAACGCCGUCAUCUGGCUCAACAACUACCUUCAAGGCUGGAAGAAGACCCUCCUCAUCGUGUCCCACGACCAGAGUUUCCUGGAUGAGGUGUGCACAGAUAUCGUCCACCUGGACUACCAGAAGCUCUUCUAUUACAGGGGGAACUACUUGACCUUUAAGAAGAUGUACGUUCAGAAGCAGAAGGAACUGCAGAAACAGUACGACAAACAGGAGAAGAAGCUGAAAGAGCUGAAGGCCGGUGGCAAGUCCACCAAACAGGCCGAAAAACAGACGAAGGACGUGCUGACCAGGAAGCAGCAGAAAGGGAAGAAGAAGGGAGGCCAGGAGGAGGAGAGUCUGGAGGCCCCUGAGCUGCUGAAGAGGCCCCGAGAGUACACCGUCAAGUUCACCUUCCCCAACCCGCCGCCGCUGUCGCCCCCCAUCCUGGGACUUCACUGCGUCGACUUCGCCUACGAGGGUACGAAGCCGCUCUUCAAAAACGUAGACUUUGGUAUCGACAUGGAGUCCAGGGUUUGCAUAGUUGGACCCAACGGUGUUGGGAAGAGUACCCUGCUGCUGCUGCUGAUCGGCAAAUUAAACCCUAGCAAAGGUGAGAUGAGGAAGAAUCAUCGACUGAAAGUGGGCUUCUUCAACCAGCAGUACGCCGACCAGCUGAACUUGGAGGAGACGGCCACCGAGUACCUGAUGAGGAACUUCAACCUGCCCUACCAGGACGGCAGGAAGUGCCUGGGCCGCUUCGGCCUGGAGAGCCACGCCCACACCAUCCAGAUCUCCAAGCUGUCGGGGGGACAGAAGGCCAGGGUGGUGUUUGCAGAGCUGGCCUGCCGUCAGCCGGACGUGCUCAUCCUGGAUGAGCCCACCAACAACCUUGACAUCGAGUCCAUCGAUGCUCUAUCGGACGCAAUCAACGAGUACAAAGGAGCGGUGAUCAUCGUGAGCCACGACGCCCGCCUCAUCACGGAGACGCAGUGCCAGCUCUGGGUGGUGGAGGACUCCAGUGUCAACCAGAUCGACGGAGACUUCGACGAGUACAAGAGGGAGGUGCUGGAGUCGCUGGGGGAGACCAUGGCCAACAAGGUCAACGCCUGAACAUGCACGAGCACAUGCAUGAGCUCCGUGUUCACGUGGUGCCCAUCCAACAUGAUAAAUGUGUGAAUAACAAUAAUAAUCUGCCAAUAAACUGGUUUCUUCAUCAUC